ACGUAUUUGUUUCUAUCUAUUUGGUAAAGUUUGUUGAUUUGGUGCUCCAUAAUAAAUACCCUUUCUUCCUCCUUGAAUUCAAUCGUUAAACAAACAAUGUUCCCUCUCUUCUCUCCAAUCUGAGAGCUUUCAAUUCUGGUUUUGCUCAUUGAUUCAUUCUUCAAUGGCUUCCUACUUCACAAAAUCGAAAUCUUCCAUCAUGCAUAAUCUCAAAUCCAAGAGGUUUCUCAUGUUAGGCUUAAUCAAUCGCACGACUUCCAGUUCCAUUGGUAGUUCGCAGUUUGCUCAUCGUCUUCUUCAUACGAUUUCACCUCCAUCGUUACCUGCUUGGAGUUAUGCGAGUUCGUCUCGGAUUAAUUCCUCCAUUGUUUUAACUCGUUGUUUUGCUUCGGUCGCCGGAGGGAGAAGAGCGCAUACGGCUACCAGUGUUAGCGACGACGUCGAUCAGUUCUCUAAUGAAGCUCCUACAAGGGAACACCUAGAUUUUCCAGGUGGAAAAGUCAAGUUUACCCCCAAACUAACUUUCACAUCAAAAACUAUAGAGGAAAGGGCUCAUUGUUAUCGAGUGCUUAAUGAAAAUGGACAUAUAAUCCCCAAUAGUGAUUCAGUUCAGAUCAGCAAAGAACUUGCUGUGAAAAUGUAUGCUGACAUGGCAACACUGCAAGUUAUGGAUACUAUUUUCUAUGAGGCACAAAGACAAGGUAGAAUAUCAUUUUAUCUAACAACAAUUGGUGAAGAGGCAAUCAAUAUUGCAUCAGCUGCAGCUCUUAACAUUAAUGACUUUGUCUUUCCUCAGUAUAGGGAGGCUGGAGUUUUAUUAUGGAGAGGAUUUACUUUACAAGAAUUUGCAAAUCAAUUGUUUGGAAAUAAAUAUGAUUAUGGAAAAGGGAGACAGAUGCCUAUUCAUUAUGGGUCUAAGAAGCUUAAUUACAUUACAGUUUCAUCUACUGUAGGACCACAGAUUCCACAUGCAGUAGGUGCUGCUUAUUCUCUGAAGAUGGAUAAAAAAGAUGCAUGCACAGUUACUUAUUUUGGUGAUGGAGGCACUAGCACGGCAGAUUUCCAUGCUGGAUUAAACUUUGCUGCAGUUAUGGAGGCUCCAGUAAUUUUUUUCUGCAGAAACAAUGGAUGGGCUAUUAGUACUCCAAUCAGUGAUCAGUUUAGAAGUGAUGGAAUUGUUGUAAGAGGGAAAGCAUAUGGAAUUCCGAGCAUUCGAGUAGAUGGAAACGAUGCUUUAGCAGUCUAUUCAGCUGUUCAUAAGGCACGCAAAAUGGCUAUUGAAGAACAAACACCUGUUUUAAUUGAGGCGAUGACAUAUAGAGCAGGACACCAUUCGACAUCAGACGACUCAACAAAGUAUCGAUCGGUUGAAGAAAUCGAAUGGUGGAGAGGUGAUCAAAACCCUGUAAAGAGAUUUAGAAAAUGGAUCGAAAAUGAAGGUUGGUGGAAUGAUGAAGCCGAAUCACAACACCGUAGCAACAUAAGGAAACAGUUAUCACAAGCAAUUCAAGCGGCAGAGAAAGUAGUAAAGCCUCCACUUGGGGACCUUUUCAGUGACGUAUAUGAUGUCAUCCCUAAAAACCUUAUCGAUCAAGAGGCUUUUGUAAGAAAAAGUAUGGACAAACAUUCGCAAGAUUAUCCAUCCGAUGUUCCCGUGUAAAUCAAUGGGCUUUAUCGUGUAUUAAAAUUAUUAUUAAUUUUAUCAAUGAGAGUUCUAAAUUAAUAUUAUUUUGCA